UCGCCCUCAGUGGCCAGGGCCGCGUCUGCAAGCAAGGAGCUUGUCCCUGCACGAAUACUUGAGCAUGAGGCUGCUGAAGGAGGCGGGCAUCUCCGUCCCGGACGGGAUCCUUGCAAAGACGCCGGAAGAGGCUUACAAAGCAGCCAAAAAAAUUGGCUCCCAGGACCUCAUUGUCAAGGCCCAGAUUUUAGCUGGUGACCGGAGGAAGGGAGUCUUUGAAGGCGGCUUCAAAGGUGGGGUGAAGGUGGUCUUUUCUGCGGAGGAAGCCAGAGAAGUUUCCUCCCGCAUGAUCGGGAAGAAGCUCUUCACGCAGCAGACGGGGAAGAAGGGCCGCAUCUGCAGCCAGGUCUUGGUGUGCAAGCGCAUCUACCCCAGGAGAGAGUGCUACUUCGCCAUCCUGAUGGAGCCGUCCUUCCAGGGCCCGGUCCUCAUCGGCAGCUCUCAGGGCGGGGUCAGCAUUGAGGAGGUGGCUGCCGAGGAUCCUGACGCCAUCAUAAAGGAGCCGGUGGACAUCAUGGAAGGCCUUCGAAGCGAGCAAGCCCUUCAGUUCGCUGAGAAAAUUGGGUUCCCCACUCACCUGGUCCGUGAAGCCGCUGAUCACAUGAUUAAACUGUACAACUUCUUCAUUGAACACGAUGCCACCAUGGUAGAAAUCAACCCCCUGGCAGAAGAUUCGAUGGGGUCCGUGGUGUGCCUGGAUGCCAAGAUGACCUUUGACGGCAACGCCGCCUACCGUCAGGAGGAAAUCUUCCGGCUUCAGGACUGGGCCCAGGAGGACGAGAGAGACAGGAAUGCAGCCAAGGCAGAUCUCAGCUACGUCGGCUUGGAGGGGAGGAUCGGCUGUCUGGUGAACGGGGCCGGGCUGGCCAUGGCCACCAUGGACAUCAUACAAUUCCACGGGGGCCUGCCGGCCAACUUUCUGAACGUGGGGGGCGGCGCAACGGUGCAGCAAGUGACUGAGGCCCUUAAAAUCAUCACCUCCAAAACCACCGUGGAGGCGAUCCUGGUCAACAUCUUUGGAGGCCUGAUGCGCCGCUUGACAUUGAUGAUCGCCUACAGGGGAUCAUCAUCAUCAUCAUGGCAGGCUGAGGAUCCUGGACUUUAUGAGUUGGAUGCAGCCGCCAAAACGGUCGUCAAGAUCUCGGAAAUAAUGAUCUUGGCCAAGGAAGCCCAGGUGGACGUGAAGUUUUAGUCCUUAGUUGAUUAAGCAGCUCCGGGGCGGCAGCCCCCAAAGCGGGCCCACUCCACGGGGGUCUUCUGUUUUCUGAAAUUCCAGUCUCUGACUGGACCCCAUUUUGCUUUACUGGCCUUUGUUUUACUCUUGAUAUUCAAAAUAGCCGCUGUAUAUUCAUAGUUACUGUACCUUUAAUACCUACUGGUAGAUGCAGUUUACAGCUAUACAUACACAUUUGUUUGCAUUAUUCAUAUUAUUUC